AUGACAGAUGAGCUGACCCCUUCCUGGCUGGGCCACUGCACCCCAUCUGUGGCCAGGACUGGGACUCCCAUAGGGACAGUGGGUGACCACGAGUCCGUCUCCUCAUCUGACUCAUCAGGGCCCACGGUCAAGGAAGAAGCAGCCCUUCCCGAAAACAAUGGUCUGUGUCAACCCGAGGAUAUAAUAACACUGCCUCUCUUUCCUUGUUUUAGGGAAUGCUGUCGAUUUUUUGGAGACAAUGGCUUGACUUUGAAGGUGUUUUUUACCAAAGCAGCCCCCUUUGGCGUUCUUUGGACACUCACAAACUACCUGUACUUACAUGCAAUAAAGAAAAUAAACACUACGGAUGUCUCCGUGUUGUUCUGCUGCAACAAAGCGUUUGUGUUCUUGCUUUCGUGGAUCGUUCUCAGGGACAGGUUCAUGGGAGUGAGGAUCGUGGCCGCCAUCCUGGCCAUCGCCGGCAUCGUGAUGAUGACCUACGCCGACGGCUUCCACAGCCACUCGGUCAUCGGCAUCGCGCUGGUGGUGGGCUCCGCGUCCACGUCUGCCCUCUACAAGGUACUGUUCAAGCUCCUCCUAGGCAGUGCGAAGUUCGGAGAAGCCGCCUUAUUCCUGUCCAUCUUGGGGGUGUUUAACAUCCUCUUCAUCACGUGCGUUCCUAUCGUCCUCUACUUUACCAAAGUGGAAUACUGGAGCUCCUUUGAUGACAUUCCAUGGGGAAACCUUUGUGGAUUUUCAGUUCUCUUAUUGACAUUCAAUAUUGUAUUAAAUUUUGGAAUCGCUGUUACAUAUCCCACUCUGAUGUCUCUUGGAAUCGUCCUCAGUGUACCUGUGAACGCAGUGGUGGACCACUACACCAGCCAGAUAGUCUUCAACGGGGUCCGGGUCAUUGCCAUCAUCAUCAUCGGCCUGGGCUUCCUCCUGCUGCUCCUGCCCGAGGAGUGGGACGUCUGGUUGACCAAGCUGCUCACCCGCCUCAAAGUGAGGAAGAAAGAGGAGCCGGCUGAGGGCGGUGGGGACCCGGGCUCAGGUCCUCAAGGCAAGGCCCGGAGAGCCCGUCCUUCCCUGGCCCGCUGACUGCUCCCCCAGGACCCUGCGGCGGUGCCCUGCGGGUGCGGCUGGGAGGUUGGCAAGGUGUACAUACCUGUACAGUUCUGGCGAUCUGCGGUAAGCUCUACGGUAUUUACUGGCAUGUCCAAUCCCCCUGCACUUCUCCACAGCAGACUUUCCACUCAAGGGUACCGACUGGAUGCGAAGGAGCCAAGAACCUCUCAGAGCUUUCUCCAUGAAUGUAGAGUAGGUCACAAGGAGCCUUGUCUGGAUCGUUUGGGAUGACAGACAUUCUUGACAAGCCAGGGCAAAUGUUUUGCAUCUUUGCUCCAGAAAAUGACAUUAUACACUGUGAUUAUUUCUCAGCUAUGGUAGGUCAUAUUUUGUUUUGUACCAGAGCUGUACUCUUAAUUUUAGGGAAUUUCAAUGAACCAAAAGAUAACUGUCAGUUAAUUUGGAUGGAUGGAUGGAUGGAUGGAUGGAUGGAUGGAUGGAUGGAUGGAUGGAUGGACGGAUGGAUGGACGGACGGACAGACGGACUGACAGAUGGCUGGGAUGGAAAAAGGAGAAGCAGAACAGGCUAAUGGACAUAAAAAAACCACUGGAGGACAGACCUGUGCUAGGGAACAGCAAGAGAAAGAUACGUCCAAGAUAACCCACAUGCCUGCAGAAGAUCAUGUGAGGGAAAUUCCAGUGCCUUCUACAGAAUUUUUGUCUUUACCUAUGUGAAGCGAGGUGACAUUAUAAGUCACUGGCGCCGUCUUAUAAUUUAGAUGUAAAAACCUUUAGAAACAAAUAAAACUAUAUAUGUGUGUGUACAGAAAUGAGGAAACUGAUAAGCAGCGUAUUUGGGAUGGGCUCGCGGGGUACAGAUGCUUGUAAGGUAGACUGGGCCAGAGGGGACUCGCUGGUUGCUUUUCCUUCAAGACCAAGGCUGAAAAUUUAUUUACUGAAUCUGUAAACCUUUUUAUGAAACUUUUAAGCACCAGGCUGUUUACUCAACACCAUUUAGGUCUGCCAGAGAAUUCUAUCUGUGAUAGAUCUGUAAAGAGGGGCGGGAGUUAGAGUUUCCUAUUUUUGAAGUUUACAUUGUCACAUAUGAAAUGGGAACAUUACUUGGAAAAGUCGUCAUAAUCCAAUGGUGCAUUCUGUCACCAUGGAGUCUUCUGUUUCCCAGGGGAAAGGGGCAUUCAUGACCUGAACUUUUUAGCAAAUUAUUAUUCUUGGUUUCCAUUUCCUGUUUGGCCAAACAGAUUAAUAAAAUGUUUGCAAAAGAA